UAUUGUUAACACACACAACACCUUUCAUUUCAAAAUCUCUGUUCUUCCUCUUCACGAGGUUACUUCACUUCUAUUAUACUAGUAGCGCUCUUAACCAUUUACUCUCUCAUUUCAAACUAUAUCUCAUCUUUAUUAGUUAUUGUUUGUCUCACUGCAUGAUAGUAAAAUGUAUACUUCUUCAUCAACAAGAAGACCCAAAUGGCACCAACAUCCACCUCCUCCUCCAACGCCAAGAAUCCUUCACUUCCCUCGCCGUCCUCGCCGGAGACUCCCUUCCUCCUCCUCGGCCAGGAAUGACCUCAAAAUGAGUAACAGCAACAGCAAUAGUAACAUGUUGGGGUCUUUGUUUGAUAGAGAACAACGUGCACCUCCGGCUGAAGCUCGGGUGAAUGUUCCUGUAGUGGUGUUGGAGGAAGAGAGGAGGAGGGAGAGAGUUGUUACUGAGAGUGGUGAUGGGUUGGAGGAAGAGAAGUGGAAGUUUCAAGCGGAGAUGUUGAGAGCGGAGUGUAAUUUGUUGAGGAUGGAGAAGGAAAUUGCUGUUAAGAAGUUGGAGAGGACUCGUUCCAAAAUGGAACGGACUCUAAGAUCUGUUGUUCAUACCCUUGUUUCUGGGAGAAUAAGGAUUUGUGAAGGAAAGAAUAUUGACAUGGUUUUGGAUGAAGAGAUUCAUGAGUUGACGGAGAAACUUCAGAAGCUGCAAAGGAGAUCAACGGUUAAGGAUUCUGAGAGAAGGAAGAGUAACAAAAAUUUUGAUAAACAAGUUUCGGUUUUACAGAGACGGCUCGAGAAGAUUGGAGGACCGUCGGAUGGAAUAUAUUUAAGGGAGUUUGAAGAGAUGGAAAAUGUUAGUUUGUUAGUUAGAAGAAGUGGGAGAUUUGAUGAUAGUGUUGUUGCCAGUGGAAAAUUGAAUGUUGAGAUUCUAAGAAGAAAAAUGGAGGGAUUGUCAAAGGGGAUAUUAUUGGAGAGAAUGGAGGAAGAGUACAAUUCACUGCUGUCCACUGCUAGUAGCUCUCUUGAAAAAUUGUCAUGUGAAGGGAACAUGUGUUCAGGACAUUGUAAGACUAUUGUAAGAAAAAUAGUGGAGCAAGUUAGAGUUGAGACAGAGCAAUGGUCACAAAUGCAGGAGAUGCUUGGUCAGGUGAGGGAAGAGAUGGAAGAACUGCAGGCUUCACGAGAUUUCUGGGAAGAUCGCGCCCUGCAUUCCGAUUCUCAAAUCCAAUCUCUACACAAUGCGGUGCAAGAGUGGAAACAAAGAGCUCUUUCGUCCGAAAGUAAGAAAAAUGAGCUUGAGGAGAAACUUUCCACGCUCAGUGGUGAUCUCGAGAGGUUUAGGAUCGAACAGAAUGCAGUUAAGGAGACUAAAUGUUCAUCGGUUCUCUUGGAUACUCAGAACGAGUUUGAGAAGCGAAUAGUAGUUUGCAGCACUAAGGAAAAUCGAAGUAUUGUUACAGAAAACAGAAAACAUACCGAGGUUUUGAGGAAUGGGGAAAGAAAAACACAUGCUGCUAGUGCUAGAAGUGGUUUACUAGCUCCAAAGCGAUCUCCGUUUCGCGACAUUGGGAACAACUCAUCGUUGUUGACGAGGCAGCAGAAUGGCAAAGCAGUUUUCCCUUUGCAUUGCCAUCUUUCUUCAAAUGCUGAGAAAACUUAUCGCCUGAAUGAAAACUGAUCAGUCCUAACAUAAAAUUACAUGUUCUAACGUUAUCGGGUGAAGAAGGCAUACAAUGAUUUAGGUGUUUCGUGUUUUAAAAUCGAUGGUUCGGGACCUGUCGUGUAAUAUGUACUAUGCUUAGGAUGU